GCUCAGUGGUUGCGAUCGACGUCAUGGUCCCGAGGUGGUGGUGGCACGGCCGCCUUGGAGUAGGAGAUUCCCGUUCAUAAGUACCGUUAUCGAACAAGACUUGACAGGCUCUCUGCCAGCUCACUAGUGCACUGUCCGGCGGUCGAAAAAUGCCCGAGAAGAGUCUGUUCGUCACCUACUUCCUUUGGUUGUUCUUCGGAGUCUUCGGCCUCCACCAUUUCUACCUCGGCCGGGACAUCCAAGGCUUCCUAUGGUUCUCAAGCUUCGGCGGCUAUCUAGCCGGGUGGCUCAGGGAUUUAUUCUACAUUCCGAGCUACGUCAAAGCGGCCAACCACGACAGCGACUACAUGUCCCAGUUCUCCGAUAAAGUCAGAAAUAGCAAAUCUCCACCUUACUCCUUAUGGAGGAACUGCGGUUGUGUCUUCACAGCUUACAUCUGGGGAUCAAUGAUCCACAUGGCCAUACCAAAAGAAGAAUUUAGCAACCCUUACACCGAUCUUCUGUACCAUUUGGUGCCAUUGGGCAUCGCUUUAGGUGUAUGGUCAGUUGGAAAUAUAGGACAUGAGGAGGGAUCUAUUAAGUGGCCGCUACUUGCUGCAUAUGGUUUUUACCCGCUUUAUUUAUAUUAUAAUGAAGAUUGGUCGUUCACACUUAUGACCAUGGCUAGUACAUACGCCUUUGAAAUGAAGUCGAAGCAGUGGAAGAGAAAGAUCAAGCCUCAAAAAAACUUUCUGCGGAGGGCAUCGGUCGUCUUGCUAUGCCUGUCUGUCUACUUCGCGCUGUGGACUUCUUCCAUUUACUUCAACGCUUCGAUCACAGACGACGAAGACAACGAGAUUCCUAUAAGGGAAGCGAUUCACCAUUUCUUCACUUCUCCGUGGUGGAACGACUUGAGCCAAAGCCUUUUGGACAUCUACAACUACGGCAAUACGCACGGAUGGGAUGAAAUCCUGAAAAAGGUCAUCGAACUAUUGGAUCCUCUGGGCGAACAAAACGCAUUUAAUGUGCUUGGCCUCUCGGCCGGAGCGAACCAGACUGAGAUCAACACCACUUGCCGUAGACUGUCGGUCAAGUACCAUCCCGACAAAGUCAAAGACGCCGAAGAAAAAGUCAAAGCGCAGGAAAUGUUUUACGAGAUUCAACAAGCGUGCGAGUUGCUCUCUUCGAACAGGAAAAAACGAGGGAAAAAGAAUAAAAAGUCUGUAUGAGACAAAUUUCUAUACAUAAUACGAUUAUCCCGAAUAAAUUAUUUAUGUUUUUGAUUCGUUGUAAUAACACUGAGUACGACGUACAACCGACUGAGCGGAUUUUAAAUUUAUUCAUUGACAUACUCCUUGCCACGCAUUCGAAGUUUUUAAAAAAAUGUGAUAAUGUAUAUAAAAUUUACACCAGUCAAUAUCUGUAAUUAAUUUAUCACAU